AAAUGGGAAUACAGAACAGGCCUGCGACGAGAAAAGGUCUUCAGAUUUGUCGAUCAUGUGUACAGAUGAUGGAAAUAAUGCAAUGACUGCGAACUUGAUUGUGUCCAAUAAUAACAAUGAUGAACAACUAAAUAAUCAGUCAAGAACCAUAGGACAAGCUAUACAAAUAGAAACAUCUUCGGAGGCAAAUGGAAAUGAAUUAUAUCCAUACAUUUCUGAAAAGUAUGGUUUAUCUCGAGGGAAAGGUUAUUCUGACAAUGUUAUAAGAAGAGAAUAUGGCGUGUCAAACAAUCAAAACAGCGAAUCACAAGGUACGGGAACUCACGAGUCAAUCACGAAUGGAAGUCAAAUGUUCCCUGCACCUUAUACAAGAGAAAUAUCAGUCGACGGUUAUACAAACAUAACUGAUAGUUUUAACAUUCUCUCUCUAGAAUCUGGAGAGCAAAUGCCAUAUUUAUCUAGUGUAACUCAAAAUCCACGUAACAACCUGCCUUCUGUAAGCCACCAACCGAUGAUAACACAGAACGGAUCAUUGAAAAGCAAUCAAGAACAAUUAACUUUUAAAUACGACGGUAGACUGAUGAAAACAAAAUAUCCAAAUUACGAGCCAUUGCAAAAAAGGAGAGAUUCUUAUUUUGACUGGCCAGCAAACAGGGAUUUCCUUCAUCCUUAUGAUCUCGCUGAAUGCGGAUUUUUCUUCACCCAUUUUGAAGACUGUGUUAGAUGUUUCCAGUGCGGCAUUGGUUUAAGGAACUGGGAAGACAAUGAUAAUGUGUGGGUCGAACAUGCACGAUGGUCACAAAAAUGUCAGUACCUCACUUUACGGAAAGGAACAGAAUUCAUUGAUACCGUUGUACAAAUGUUAGGAUUAAACACCCCUUUUCCUUCAAAUUUCUUCAUUGUAGGAAGUACUGCUAUUAUGUAUUGUGAUGAAUUCAACUAUGCUCGAUCCAUGUCGAAGUUAAUUAUACAUGACCCAUAA